AGGCACAGACUACAGAGUAACCUCCACAGAACAUACCCCCAGGGGGGAUAUUUUGUGGUAACCUCUGUGAUCUGUGCUUGUAGGUACAGCGGCAAUAAUAAACAAAACCCAGGAAAGCAUGGCAGUGGCAAGUGUCAAACGUGGUAAUAAAAAGCCAAAAAAGCGAGCAAAGAAAGUGAACCUGGUUUUUGACGAAGUCAAAAGAAGGGACUUUCUUACGGGCUUCCGCAAGCGAAAGCUACAAAGGAAGAAACAUGCUCAAGAAAAACUGGAAAACGAUCUCAAGGAAGAGCGGAAACGGUUGAAAUCUGAUGCCAAGGAAUCGUACAAGAAACUGGUGGUGUCUCACAGAGACAUUCCAGAGCUGGAAAAGUACCUAAGCAAUGAAUAUGAAGAAGAUGAUGUUACUGUAAAAGUAGUGGAGCUCUCAACAAAUGAAAUAGCCAAGCAAAGCAAUUGGAUUGGUGCGAAUCGGCCUAAGUACGAGUCGGACCAAGAAGAAGAGGUUAAGCCCGAGGAUCCAGAGGAGAUACCCGGCAUGGAGCUGAAAGCUAAAACUCCUAAAGCAACCAAAGUGACGAAACCUAGUACCAAACAGUUCCAUUCGGAGAAGCAAGUGAAAAAGGAACUGAAGAAACAGGCUACAAAAAACGUACAAAAAAGCAAGGUGUUCCAGAAGAAGAACAAAAUGGAGCAAAGAAAACAGAAAAAACAAUCCCUAAGGGCCAAUAAGCUUAAGGAAGGAGCCAAGCAAAAGUUCGGCAAGAAGGGCAAUAAAAAGGGUCGAUUUACCAAAAGGAAUAAAGACACCGAUUAAAUAGUAUUAGUAUGUUUUAAA